CGCAGACCUCAAGAGGCGUUCCCGGCACGACAACUUCCGUUUCCAGCAAAUUCUCGGCUCGCCGAGACGACGCUCGCGCAGGGGCCGCCCGGCAGAGACUUCUAGAAGCAACGUGUGCGCGUCUGUACCGGUGACCGGCGGCGGCUGCGACGGACCACCGCUCUUUCUCUCCCUCUCCAUUUUAUUUAAUUUAACAAUGGCCAAGUGGGGCGAAGGAGACCCUCGCUGGAUCGUGGAAGAGCGAGCGGACGCCACGAAUGUCAACAACUGGCACUGGACGGAACGAGACGCCACGAGCUGGUCGUCGGACAAGUUAAAAAGUCUCCUGCUCGGCCUGCGGGUGGAGAACGACCACGGAAGCUGCGAGGUGACGGAGGUCGGCAAGGUGGAGGGCGAGGCGUCCAUCAACAAUCGGAAAGGGAAACUCAUCUUCUUCUACGAGUGGAACCUGAAAGCAACCUGGACAGGAAUCUCCAAAACGGGAAUAAAAUACCAGGGAUCCGUGGAAAUUCCCAAUCUGUCUGACGAGAACGACAUGGACGAUCUGGAUAUUAGCGUCUCGCUGAACAAAGACGAACCGGAGACGCCGCUGGUCCACCUGAUGAAGUCCAAAGGAGCCGAGAAGAUCCGCGAGGCUCUGGGGAGCUACGUGGCUUUCUUGAAAUCAGAGUUCACUCAAGGGAUGAUCCUGCCGACGGCCAACGGCGUGCUGCCGCUGGAGUCCUCGCAGUCCAAAGCCAAGACUGACAAAACUCGGAUUUCAUCAGGAACAAGCAGCGCAGCGGCGGCAGCUGUCAACACGGGCGUGAAGAUUCCCACAUGCAAGUUCAGCAUGACGGAAACGUUCCUAACCAGCCCAGCGGACCUCUACAGGGUCUUCGUCAACCAGGAGAUGACGCAGGCGUUCACGCACGGGCCCGCCUCGGUGGCCGGAGAGAAGGGGGGGAAGUUCCGUCUGCUGGGUGGAAACGUUCUCGGCGAAUUCGUGGAGCUGGUGCAGGAUGAGAAAAUCGUGAUGAAGUGGAGGUACAACAACUGGCCCUGUGAGCACUACGCCACGGUGACGCUGACGUUGGUGGACCGCAGCAGCGAGACGGAACUGCGCGUGGACUGUCGCGGCGUUCCCGACGACGACGAGGACCGCACCAAGGACGGCUGGCGCAGGUUUUACUUCGAGGCCAUCAAACAGACUUUUGGCUUCGGCGCGAGACUCUUCUGAGACCUUUCCGUCCGUUCGUUUGCUUUUCGACUCAUCAUCGUCACCGCCAUCGACGGCAUCUUGACGCAAAGUCAGCGAGGACCGUUUGUUUGUGUCGUUCUCUUCCUUUAGUCGUGUCCCUCUUGAGUAUUUGUUGUUCAGAGGAACCUCACAAGAAGCACUCGGGCCAAAUUGGCCUCCACUCGUACAAGAAUCGAGUUUGCAGUUCUGGGAAUGUUUUUUUUUUUUUUUUUUUUGCUCUCUUUUCUUUUUUUGUACCAGUGCAGUGCCAGUGCAUGUUCAUCCUCAAAGGCUCGAGCGCGGCCAUUUCUGUAACGUGAAGGCGUCACGCGGGAAGCCGGCGUAGCAAACAGAAACGUUGCCAUCGCACCGGACAGCACCACUGCGGGGUUGAUGUAUUUAUACCUUUUCAUGCCGACGACGUGACGCCAAUAAACCAAUCACUGCGUA